AUGGAAGAUCAAAUUCCGCGACAACAUGUACACCCAAUUGCAAAGUGGGUGGCUGGUUUAUUUAGUCCAAUGUCACUGAAAGAUCAAAGGAUGGUAUUGAGUGGAGUGGCACGAAUGCUAUACGGUUCUCUUUUUAUCUCUCUUAUUUUGGGAUAUGUGGUGGGACUAGCUUACAUUACAUUCUAUGGACUAGCUGCGGGAUUUGCUGUAUCACUUCUUUUGUUUGUACCGAAUUGGUACCAGCGCGAAGAUGAGGAUCAGCGGUGGUGUGAUGAAUCGGAUGUGAAGGAGUAUUACAGGAUCCGCCAAGAGCUCUUGGACCAGAUGGCAACAGAACAAGAAAAAGAACUGAUAGACCUUCCGGGCGAUAGUCAACAACAGACAGAAGAGAAGAAUAAAUAA